CAGAAAUUCGUCGAGCUCGACUCGCUGAGGGCCUGGAGUCGAGUCGGUGUUGUUCGCCACUUCGCCGAUUUCAGGCCUCGAACCACUAACGACGUAACGCCGUUGUCGACUGGUAUCACUCGCGAGCUCCGUUUACACCUUCGCCGGCAUCGACACUACCACGGGGUUCGCGCAAUCGCUACAGUUGCUCGGCCGCCUGGGACUUACGACCUUUUAUGCGCCGGGCAGAUAAGUAUUUGGCGGGUUGGGGAUAGCCAGUAAGAUGGCUGCCAGGUAGCGACAAGAACAAUGCCGAUUCACCGAGAGGGAUUUACCGCCGAGUGACACCCAGUAUCGUUCGUCGAUCACAGUGGAUUAAUUGUUCGACACGCUACGCCGCUGUAUUUAGAUCUGUGGUGUGAACGUGACGCGGACAAUUUUAUAUUUCUGAUUUACCGACUUCCGGGUAUUCACGAAUAAGGUUAUUUAUCUUCGGACAGUAUUCACGUGUACAUUAUGGGAUCGAAAUUAGCGGAUACAUUUUACGCCGGGAGGUAUUAACGUGGGCGCAGUGUUAUAGUGAUAAUUGGAGUGGUGAAUAGGGUCGUGUCGACCCUAUUACAUCAUGUAACGGUUAAUGACUCGUUGAAGUCACCGAUGAUUCAAACUCCGUUGAUAACGAGCGGAACGUAUUUCAAUUUGUACGUCGCGUUUUUGGAAUAUUAACUUCAUUCGGGUAUUAGUAAGAAUAUUAUUUUUUUAGUAACCUUUUUAUAGCGUGAUAUAAAUUUCGUUUCUACCGCUUGAAUGUCAUUUUCCUUGUACAAUGUCGGCGAGUCUCUGUACACUGCUCGUUUAAAUGGUCGCGCGAUUGACAGCUUCAAUGAUCAAUCUAUUCAAUGUAUAAAGUUUUAUCUCACCGUGUCGAGCGCAACCGGUACACUUGGUAUUUACGUUAGUUGGAAAAAAAAAGAUUUAUACCUCAUUAUCGAUUGAACGCUUCACGGCGAAUGGUUAAACGAUAAUGUUACAUGUCCGAUAAAAAAAGCUAUCACGUAUAAUUGAAAAACCUGAAUUCAUAACGGCAAAAAAUUAAUCAACUGUACACAUUUGCAUGCAAAUGCUGCACGUUGCAUAUCAAUGUUCGAUACAAAAAAGCGAUAAAGAAGAAUGCUGCUUUAAACGUGAAACGUCAAACAGUAUCGAGUCGAGUAACUACAAUGUAUUCCCGUGCGAGGUACAUUUCACUGUAACUGGAAUUCUGCGAUGUUUACCUAACCUUCCCAAGCGGAAGGGUCAGAUAUUUUAAAAUCAAUGAGAAAACUUUCAAAAUUUAUCUUGCACUUAGUGCACACGCGCAGUUUCUGCUUCACACUGCAACAUUGUUUCUUUAAACCAAAAUCGCAUUCUUACCGAUCAAUGAGAAUGUUGAAGAAUAUUUUUUACAAACACCAGUCUCGUAAACAACGAGGCGACGUAAUAUAAAAAAUCUCUCUUACCUGAUUUUUAGUAGCAGUCACCGCGUCAAUAACCUUCCGACGGGAAACUUCAACAGCACAUUUCCUUGACGUUCAACUUUGCAAAACCGUGGAUGAAACCUCACUAACUUCCCCACGCCGAGUGAAAGUUGUCAACUUGAUGUUCGUCCGGUAACUGAAUUCGAAAGCUGCCGAGAUGGCGCCACGAUCGGCCGCCCGGUUUCGGGGAGGGAGUAAACAGAGUAAUGGCGUCAAUGCUCUCGCUCGCGUGUCCGUGGGCCUGUGUGCGUGUCCGAGAGGGUGAAUGUCACUUUGUAACCACUUGCUUCCUUAUCACUCGACAAAGAACGUUCAUUAUCCUUGGCGAUUUUAUUAUUGGCCGGUUCUUGUGCUGAGUUAACAACGCGACGAUAUAUAGUGCUGCGAGAGGCUGGCUCCUGCGUUUUCCGACCCGAGAUAUGAGACUCAGGCUCUCCGACCACCUUUUUGAGAUUCGAGCAGCAGCCGGCACUAUGGUGCGCUGAGUGUCGCGCUUUGAAUCGCUCGCCGCCAGUGGAAAUCGUUGGAGCCGAGGUCACCGGAGCAAGAUGAAGAAAGGUCCGGACGCGGGGAAGGCCGGGUCGCCGGGUACCAAGGACGACGCGAACGACAUUCGAGAGAAGAUGAGGAAGGUGGGCGUGAAGUCGCCGCCGCCGACCGCCGCGGUUGCUCGGGUGAAGCAGCUGCAGGAAUCCGGCAAGGUCGCGGGCCAGCCGAGGUCGUCUUCAGGGUCCGCCACCGGGAACCCCCGGAACAAGACGGCCCUAGCGCCCGGCCACAGUCUAAUGGACUGGAUCCGAUUGACUAAUUCGGGGGUGGAUUUGACCGGGGUCGGUGGCGUACCGCGUGUCGUAUCGCUGUCCGAGCUGGCCAAUCACAACAAGGAGAAUGACGCUUGGAUCGCGAUUAGAGGAAUCGUCUUCAACGUGACGCGUUACAUGGACUUCCAUCCAGGAGGGAUCAGCGAAUUGAUGCGCGGCGUGGGCAAAGAUGCGACGAAACUAUUCGAAAACGUUCACGCGUGGGUCAAUUAUCAGAGCAUCCUUCAGAAAUGCGUGGUGGGAAGGUUGAGCCGUGGUUCCAUCAGCGGUCCAUCGUCUCCUCCGCCGGAAAACACUUCCCCGAGUACCACGGACUGCGCGUCCGCUGCUCUGGACCUGAUCAAAAGUUGUACGACACGCAGCAACAGUCAGGAGGAAACCCCACGAGAUUCGAGUCCGUUGAACGUGAAAAUGGACUGGAGACAGACGUCCGACUCGAUUACGCUGUUCUACCAAUCGGUGAAGGACUAUCCGAGUAUUUACUAUCAACUAAGGAGGAUAAGUGACUCGAAGCUUGUCUUCAAGCUGUUCUUCGAGAAGGACGUGAUCACGCAUGAACUGGAAUUGGCUGCAGGAGUGGAGUGGCCGCCAGUUUGUAAGAGGAACUUCGAUACCAUGGAGGUCGACCUCACCUUCACCAAGAAGACGAAGGAGAUGUGGAAAACACAGGGUAGCCAUACGAUAUGGCGGGAGCCGAACACCAAUAGUCGAUCAUAUAAAGAAUAUGAAGUAGUUACGAACACGCCGCUUUCUAAGUUAGUUCAUUUGCUGGUCCUGCGAGCGAAGGACUCGUUAGAGUUGGUACCCAUUGGCAGACACUUAGAGGCCAGGAUGAAAGUGAUGGGGGUGGAAGCGUCGCGAUCGUACACCCCUGUCCCACCGUGCCUUCACCCUGACGACAUGGCGCCGAACUACAAGUCCGACUGUGUAUGUCUGAUGAUCAAGAAGUACCAGAAUGGCGCGCUGAGUCCGUCCAUAACUGGCCUACAACUCGGCCAGACCCUCGUGCUAAGCAAUGCUUUAGGUGCCUUCGUAGUUGAAUCCUUUGAUCGUUAUUCCAUUAUUCACAUGCUGGCUGGUGGCACGGGGCUCACCGUGAUGCUUGGGAUAAUUCAGCGAGCCAUGGCCAGGCGGACCGUGAAAAGGAUAAACCUCCUCAACUUCAACAAAGAUGUGGAUAACAUGUUCUACGUGGUGCAACUGGAAAAGGCCAGCAGUGAUAAAAGGUUGAAGGUCACGAACAUCCUUUCACAAGCGGACAGUACAUGGACGGGCUUACGUGGAACCGUGUCUGAUGACUUACUGAAGCAGCUGAUAGGAGAACAGAAUCCUGAAGCGUGCAUCUUCACUUGUGGUCCACGAGGAUUCAUACAGGCUGCGAAAAAAUCUAUUCAACACCUCGGUUGGAAACCCUACCAAACGUAUGAUUUCGACGACUAGCCGUCUUCAACGAAAGUAUACCCACCUUUUGAUACCGAAACUCUGAUAGCUGAGCUUUCAUUCGGGGAAUCAGUGACGCGUUACCUCCGGGUUCUCAAGAGAGAGAGCUCUUUUGGAUACUUUUACUCCUAUUUCCGCCCACAGUGUCAGCAGCUGCGCAACGGCCGGAAACGAUCAGUAUUGAACUAAAUCAUUACCUCCUUUCAACUAUUUUUCCAAGCGAAGGAAACCAAAGAGAACAUUCUUCAAGAUUUCGAGUCGAGCAUGAUGUGGGAUUUAAAGGUUUCCAUUGUCGCCCCGAUUCUGGACUUUAAACGUUAAGAGUGCCGAUCCUCCUUUCCAUUCUUACCGCAACAUAUCCAACUUGCACCGUUGUCGAGUGGAGAUACACAGUUCCACCGAAGUGUCUCGUCUGAAAACAGAAGAGUCAUUAGCUGUUCAUCCGAGAGAAAGGAUUACCACAGAAGCAUUGUCGUUCAGUACAGUGUACAUCAUCGAGAGGGAACUAUUUUAUUUUCUUAAAGUUUCAGGGUGAAUUGUGUAUAACUGUCACGAGAAAUACUCACUACAGCGCUCAAAGGUAUUUGAUCAGUUGCUCGGUGAACAUUGAAUUUCGAGAUGACGGUAACAGCCGGAAUGGAACAGACUGCGGCGAGCUUUGUGUUUCCAUGUGAUCAAUUACGUUUGAGCAAUAACGAGGCACACUUUGUAUCAUAUCUAGCGAACGCAAUGAAAGAAUAGGAGUAAGGGUCUUUAGAUGAAAGUCGUAAGUUUUACAGAGGUAUACAACUCGUAUCGACAAAUUAUUUUUUAUGGAAACCGUAAUUUUAACACCGUAUCCGCGUUAUACACUUCGUGGAGAGCUGUAUUUUUAGCUAUUUAUCCGAGGACAUUGUAAACGUAUAUAUAAAUACAUAUAUGUAUAUGUAUGUAUGUAUGUAUGUAUGUAUGUAUGUAUGUAUGUGUGUAUGUAUGUAUGUACAUGCAUAUGUAUAUUUUAAGAGGCAGGCCAAAUUGAAACAUUGGUGCUAAUGCUGUUUUUCGUUUACACAUGAAAAGAGGAAUAUUGCGAUCACAGAUAUAUUUCCAAUUGAUGCUUUUCAUUUUACAAAUUACAGCAAGUACAAAAGUGAAACACGACAGUGAUAAAAAAGGAAACAAUUUUGGAGGCGUUGGAUUGUUAAAUGUUUAUCCGCGAGAGAUACGAGUAGAUUUUUGUCCUUGAACUCACGAAAAUCAAUGUCGUGCCAAGACGGGCAUCUAGGAUUCAAAUAAAUUCAUAGAAACGUGAACACCCGUGUGGCCUAAUAGAAGAAAUUGUCAGAGGAUACUAAAUAGAAACACCUGUACGUCGAUCACUUGAAUUUUCAAUCGGUUUGUUCGGAUUCUGGCGCCGUUAGGCGAGGCUUAAGUACAUUUGUUAGAUAGAAAUCGAUAAUAUAGCACGCGAGGAGAUUUUACUCGUCGAAUUCAUUCGACGGCGAAUAGUUUGAGUCAGAUUUCGUUUCAGAGCUGCUCCUAUUCGAGGGCAGAGAAUUUUUCCCCGCGAGACACGAUUCUUUAUCCAAACUUACUCGAGUAUGGACCACUUUCUGCAUUUACGUACAAGUAAAUACGCGUAUAUGUGUGUAUGAUAUGUGUGUACAUAGUUGUUACCAUAAAUAAAUGAAUAUUUGAU